AUGUCACAUCAACCAGAAAUGCUGCAAAUGAGGACGAGCGACGGCGUCGUGUUCGAUGUGAGCCUCAAGGUGGCCCAGCAAAUGGGAUUGACACACAACUGGCUGCAGACGGAGCACGGUGAGCUCAGGAGCAGCGAUGAUGAUGAUGCCAAUAUCAUGCCACUGGACCGUGUCAGCUCGGAGAUAUUUAAGCUGGUGCUCAACUGGUGCCACGCCAUCCAGGCCAGCGGCCAACCCGCCGAUCCGAAGAGCAAACUGCAGCAGGAGCGCACCAUAUUCAAGAACAUUCUCGGCGAAUCGAAUCCCAGUGACUCGACCAUCUUUGAGCUAAUUAUGGCGGCCGACUACCUCAACAUCGAGGGCCUGCUCGAGGCGGGCACCCAGCACGUGGCCGAUGUGAUCAAUGGCUGUGACAGCGUCGAGGCGAUUCGCGUACGUUUCAAUAUUAUGUACGAUGGCGAGAUGGACCACUAA